CUACCGUACAUGUAGCUGACUAGCUAGCUAGCAAGCAACAACUUCCCAACUCAUAUGUCGGAACUCUAGCUAGAGGCAAACCAAAAGCUAUGGAGUCAGAUGGCUCAUAAUCUGGACGCAAGUCAUUGCUUCACCGAGGGUGGGUUUGACACCUCUUUCAGUGCUGCCUUCUACAACUUGUCAUGCGCGGAGCACUGGAAUAAUUGCCGAACUUGGGAAUGUCAGAGUGCUCCAGUGGGCCCGCAACAAGGGGCUUCCGUGGAACAAACAGACCUGUGCCACCGCUGCCAAACAUGGAAAUUUGGAAAUGCUCCAGUAUUCUCGGGCAAACGGCUGUGAUUGGGAUGAGCAUACAUGCACGGAGGCUGCUGGGAAUGGUCAUUUCGAUCUUUUGAAAUGGGCUCGUGAGAAUGGAUGCCCCCGGAACGGCACUCCCUGUGGUGCUAGCAAUGUAUGUGCCCGCUGCUGCUGAAGGUGGCCGUUUCGAAGUCCUCGAGUGGCUCGUGCAACAGGGAUGUGCCAUCAAUGAGACCGCAUGUGCUGGUGCCAUCAAAGGUGGCCAUCGGGAUAUUCUAGAGUGGCUUGUCAUCAAAAAGGGCUGCCGAAUCGAUCAAUACACUUGCGCCGACAUUUGCGCCGCCGUUGCGGAAGGCGGCCACCUGGAUAUUCUAAAGUGGCUUGUCAAUGACAAGGGCUGUCGCAUCAAUGCUUGCACAUAUGCCACUGCCGCAGGUGGGCACCUGGACAUCCUCAUCUGGCUUCGUGAACAUGAGAGACCAUGCCCUUGGGAUUACAGAACUUGUGCCAGGGCCGCAGAAGCUGGUCACGUGCAAGUGCUCGAGUGGGCUCGGGAAAAUGAAUGCCCGUGGCACGAAGGAAACUGUUGGCGUGGUGCCAUCCGUGAAGGUCAUUUGAACGUGCUCAUGUGGGCUCGGGAAAAUGGCUAUCAGUGGGAUGUGAAAACAUGUUCUUUUGCUGCUACAUAUGGACACCUGCAGAUUGUACAGUGGGCCCAUGCGAACAAGUGUCCUUGGGACGAGCAAACGUGUGCAUUUGCUGCUUUUGAAGGGCAUUUGGAUGUUGUGAAAUGGGCUCAUCAAAACGGGUGCCCCUGGGAUGAGCACACAUGUGCUAGCUGUACUGACUUUGAAAUUGGAAUAUUCUGA